GCUGCGCAGCGGCGGCCCCGGCGCGGCACGAUGGGCGGCGGCGGCGGUGGCCCUUGGCGGCCCGGAGCUCUGCCGCUGCUGGCGCUGGCGCUGCUGGCGGCACAGGGCGGCUCGGCUCCGCUGCAGCCCGGCGGCUCCCCCGCGCUCUCCAAGAUCUACCCCCGCGGCAGCCACUGGGCUGUGGGGCAUCUAAUGGGGAAAAAGAGCUCUGGAGAUUCUCCUUAUGCUUACGAAGAAGAAAAUAAGACCCCAUUUUCAGCAUUACCUGAACAUAUGAAGCAGCUGGAAGACUACCUGCAGUGGGAGGAAAUCUCCAAGUAUUUGCUACGGCUGCUGGAAAGGAGUGGAAAUAAAAGUGCUCAUGUUGUAAAAGGAGGGCUUCCCUGGUACGCAGGGAAUACCUGGGACACAGAUGACAACAGCAGCUGGAAAAAUAUGAUGGACUAUCUGCUUCAAGUUGUGAAUACGAAAGAGAGCACUCCAAGCUGAAAGAAGGUCUCUAAAUCAUCAAGAAACGGAAUACUUUCAAUAAGAGACUAUAUUUCACAAGCACUUGAUUGCAUCAGAUAAUUAACAAGGUCUCUUUUCUGUAAACAAGAUUUCCUUGGUGUAAAAUACCUAAAUACACAUAUUCUUGUAUGUUCAAGCAGUGACUAAAACUCUUUCCUUCAAGGCUGCAUUUUCUCACUUGAAUGGCUUUGAUAUAUUUAAUCGUCAUGGAAGGGUCUUCCAAUUAAUGAUAUGACUUAUCUAAUCAGUUCAAAACUAGAUGACAUUUCCACAUGCACAAUAAAUAGUACU